UUGAUUCAAGAAAAGAUGUCGUGCUGUAAGGAGAAGGAUUUGUAUGCGGGUGCAGGCGAUUGCAAAAUGGGUGCUAUUGACUUACAUCCGACUUCCGCAUGUCCGGCUCCCUUGAUCUGUCCUCCUCCACCGGAUAUGGGGCCAAUUCGACGUCGCAAAUGGACUGAGAUUGCACCAGUUGCCUUGGUGCCCAACACGGAAGCCAUACAGCGUGAGCUGUUGGAGAAUGCGAGGCAAACUGGCGCAGAUCCUGUGCAGGAGCAUCAUCAGCUACAGGCGGACCUGAAGGCGGGCAUUGAUAGUCAGCAGCAGCAGUUGGUUGAGAUGCGCAAUGAGCACGCCCAGAAUAGACCCCUCAAAACGGAGGAGGUGCAGUUUGCGCGAUCGAUCAAUCCCGAUGCGGAUAAUCUACACAAUCCACCUUGUUAUCUACCCCAAGCUGGCGACGAUUUGCCGCACAAGGAUUCAAUGACACCAAUGGGUCCAAUUGGUCACUGGGCCACCGGUAAGGUUGACUGGAGUCCCAUGGCUGGACUGACGGGCACGCGUCCUGUAGUCGAUAGAUAUUCGAUAACACGUUACAGUACGAAUGAAUGGCGUGCCAGAAAUCAGCAGACGGUGCAGAAUACGAACAGUGUGCUGGACAAGGCGGAUAAAAAUCGCUUCAGUGCCACCACGGAGUUCCAGCGUCUGACAGCAACAGUGAACAAGACCCAAAACGAGACGACGGGAAAACUGAGACAACGAGCGCAGGUCAUCUGCAAAUGGAAGAGCACGCUGGAGAAUGCCAUCAAGGCGAUGACCGAUGAGAUCUUUAUGGUCGACGAGGAGCGCAAUCGGCUGCGAAAGGCGUUCGUCAUUUUCGGGGUUCCCGAGUGCAUUGUUAAGGAGUGCAUCGAGAAGCGCUGUGGUCGUCCGGACACGGAGCUGGUGAGGGACACUCCCGAGGAGGAGUUGGUCAAUGAGCUGGCUUUGAUUGCCGAGAUUAAGCGGCAGCUGAAGAAAGUCCUGGAGGACUUUGAGGCACAACAGCGCGAGAAUUGUGCGGCCAAACAGCGAUUGGAAUUCGAUUGGAGUGACAAACAAGAGGCCUACGAUAUUGAUACCAUUAAUGUGGGUUUGAACAAUCAGUCUCGCACUGUCAUGUUCCACGUCGGAGCCGUGCGACAGCCGCCCGAGCAAUCCUCGGAGAAAUACUGGGAGCACUUCAGCCAGGAGACUCUGGAGGAGUGCGAGAAGUGCCGCCAGAGAUCAGCUGCCCUGCGCAGUACCCUCAACAACAUUCUACUGAAUGGAGCACGGGAUCUGCGCAGUCAGGCGGAUGUUGUUGAGAAGUCCUUGACCUCGCGCAUCAACUGCACGCAGGAGGCGGUGCAGCGCUUCGAGAAUGAUCUGCAUCGUGUCUUGCACGAUUUGGCGGAGACGGAGACACGCAUCGAGCAGCUCCACGGACGCAUCCGCAGCUUCGAUGCCGCCAUGAAGGUGGCCCAGACUCGCAUGCACAAUCGCAGCUAUCGUCCGAAUGUGGAGAGCUGUCGCGAUGUCGCCCAACAGCAUCUCAUCGAUGAGGUCCACACCAUCCAGAGCAGCGUUACGGCCAUGCUCCACGAGCUGAGAGCUGCCGAGGAGACCAAGGAGGCUUUGGUUGGAGUCCGAGGUAACCUCGAGAGGGAGAUCAUGCUGAAGCGACGCACUCUCUUCAUGGACAGGGAACGUUGUAUGGUCCUGCGAUCACAUUAUCCUUCCGCCAAUUCUCUAACCGGUUCGGGGGCUUUCUAACCUCAUAUCUAAAAUACACUUGCAUGUAUAUACCCUAUCCAAAUUUAAUGUAUCAAAUUUUACGUCUUAACCUCUAUGUAUUGUAGUGUUCAGCUCCAUAAUACAGUAAAGAUUAUGUCAAAAUAAUAUU